CACUGCCAAGGAGAGGAGCAACCCAACGCCCCUCCGAGAUCGAAAUUUUUGGGGCCGGACGGAGAGCGAGAAAGAGGGGGGAGAAACCAAAAGGAGAACAAGAGCUAGCGCUCGCAGUGGCGGUGGCGAGGGUGGAGGAGAGAGAAGCCAUCCCUUCCCCCAAAUCCAAUGCCCUAAACCCUCCACAAGAAUCCUUAUUCCCUAGAGAGAGAGAGAGAGAGAUGGGGGGGGGAGGAGGAGAGGAGGGCGGGAGAAUGGAGGAGGUGGUGGUGCACAUCUACGACGUGACGAACAGCGGCUCGGAGAAGACCAACAACACCAUCCUCCAGAUCAAUCGGAUCUUCAAGGACGGCAUUGGCCUUGGCGGCAUCUUCCACAGCGCUGUCCAGAUUUAUGGAGAUGAAGAAUGGUCAUUUGGGUUCUGUGAAUACGGCAGUGGAGUUUUUAGCUGUCCACCUCGUAGAAAUCCUAUGUAUACCUAUCGUGAAUCCAUUGUCCUUGGAAAGACAAACUGUUCAGUUUUCAUGGUAAAUCAGAUCUUGAGGGAACUUAGCAGAGCAUGGCCUGGAAGCUCGUAUGACCUGCUAUCAAGAAACUGCAACCACUUUUGCGAUGCUUUCUGUGAAUUGCUUGGUGUACCAAAACUUCCAGGUUGGGUCAACCGGUUUGCCAAUGCUGGUGAUGCUGCAAUGGAAGUUGCAGAAAAUACGGCAACAAAGCUGAAACAAGCAAAAACAGAAAUUGUGAAUGCUAGCAAACUGGCUUACAGAUUCAUCACUGGUGUGCCCUCAAAUGCACCAGCCACACCUGAGAAUCCAAGCAAUUCAAACAAUGCCAAUCCCCAUUUCCAGAGCACAUGGUUCACUAAUCUCAUGAACAGCGUUGGAGCGAAGCCAUCAAGCAGUACUUCAGAGUACCACGAGGACUCUUCUUCAUCCUCGAAGUCUGAAGAGUCCUCAGCGUCAGAAGAUGAACAUCUGCACCAACGGCAGAAGCACACAACGAAUGCAACUUAGACUGAAGCAUUACAUGUGAGGAGGGGGUUUGACUGCGAUAUGUAUCAAGUGUGAAAAUUCUUCAGAACUAAGACAUAUUGCUUGUUCAUCAAGAUGAAAAUCCUUUUGCCUUUAAAUUGAUUUACAUGGCUACUUUAACUAAAA